GCUAUACUGUGGCGUCAAAUGUCAUUCAAUGGUUUUGGGAGGUGGUCAAAACUUUUAACAAGAAAGACAUGGCAAGAUUUCUGCAAUUUGUGACUGGAACAUCAAAGGUUCCUUUGGAAGGUUUUAAGGCCUUGCAAGGCAUCUCUGGUCCUCAGAGGUUUCAGAUUCACAAGGCAUAUGGAGCUCCGGAUCGAUUGCCAUCGGCUCAUACAUGCUUCAAUCAACUAGACUUUUCUGAGUAUACUUCUAAAGAACAGCUUCAAGAAUGGUUAUUACUAGCCAUUCAUGAGGCCAGUGAAAGCUUUGGUUUUGGUUGACUUCUAUCCUUCUCCCAUAUCUUUGCACAGUAGUUCUACCAUUAUGUCUUCAACCUGUCAUAUGGAGAUGAUGAUGAAUGUGACUCGGCUGGGCAGUUAUUUAUUUUUGUUGAGGAAAGGUAGCAUCGAAUGAGGAAAUUUAUGAUG